UACUGGAAAGUACAGAGUCUCUCCAGAAGGAGUAGACGACAUGUAGAAAAAAAGAUCUUGACUUUCAGGGGAAACAAGACUUUUGGAAUGUUGCCAGGGCUGGAGCCCUAUAGUUCUUACAAGCUGAAUGUUAGAGUUGUUAAUGGUAAAGGAGAAGGACCAGCAAGCCCAGACAAAGUAUUUAAGACCCCGGAAGGAGUUCCUAGCUCGCCCUCCUUUUUGAAGAUUACUAACCCAACAUUGGACUCUCUGACUCUGGAGUGGGGUUCACCUACCCAUCCAAAUGGUAUUUUGACAUCAUAUAUACUGAAGUUUCAGCCAAUUAACAACACACAUGAAUUAGGUCCCUUGGUAGAGAUAAGAAUUCCUGCCAACGAGAGCACCUUGAUAUUAAAAAAUUUAAAUUACAGCACACGGUAUAAGUUUUACUUUAACGCACAAACUUCAGUUGGAUCAGGAAAUCAGAUAACUGAGGAAGCAGUAACAAUUAUGGAUGAAGCUGGUAUUCUCCGUCCUGCUGUAGGUGCAGGCAAAGUGCAACCACUUUAUCCAAGGAUCAGAAAUAUUACAACAGCUGCUGCUGAGACCUAUGCCAAUAUCAGUUGGGAGUAUGAGGGACCAGAUCAUGCGAACUUUUAUGUUGAAUAUGGUGUAGCAGGCAGCAAAGAAGAUUGGAAAAAAGAAAUUGUAAAUGGUUCUCGAAGCUUCUUUGUGUUAAAGGGUUUAACACCAGGAACAGCAUAUAAAGUCCGGGUUGGUGCUGAGGGCCUGUCUGGUUUUAGGAGUUCAGAGGAUGUGUUUGAGACAGGUCCAGCAAUGGCAAGUCGGCAGGUAGACAUCGCUACUCAAGGAUGGUUCAUUGGUCUUAUGUGUGCUGUUGCUCUUCUGAUCUUGAUUUUACUGAUUGUUUGCUUCAUAAGGAGGAAUAAGGGUGGCAAAUAUCCAGUGAAGGAAAAGGAGGAUGCACAUGCUGAUCCAGAAAUUCAACCUAUGAAGGAAGAUGAUGGAACAUUUGGUGAAUACAGGUCUCUUGAAAGUGAUGCAGAGGACCAUAAACCUCUAAAAAAAGGAAGCCGGACACCUUCCGACAGAACUGUGAAAAAAGAGGACAGUGACGAUAGCUUAGUUGACUAUGGAGAAGGUGUAAACGGUCAGUUCAAUGAGGAUGGCUCCUUUAUCGGACAGUAUAGCGGUAAAAAAGAGAAAGAACCUGCCGAAGGAAACGAAAGCUCUGAGGCUCCUUCUCCUGUAAAUGCCAUGAAUUCCUUUGUGUAACCACAGAACUUGAUCCCCUCGUGUCUUCGGUUUGUUUAAAGCACUUGUACAUCCUCCCUCUCGUACUAUGAACAUGCAGGUAACGGAGCUCCUCACCACAAGAGGUUUAUGCUACGGGAAUACGCAGGUCAAUACAAUUCUGCAGCCUAACGACACAUUAAGUGGUAUGUUAGUAUGAAUCGAAAUACGAAAUUCAGAUUUUGUUCAAAACUGGAGUAUUUUUACUUUUUUUAGAAUGAACUGACACAAACAAUAACAUCGACUUGUAAUUUUGUUUCCUGUUGAAA